UAUGGAUUGCAAAGCACAGACACCAACAAAAAAGCCCUGAUAACAGCUCGAUAACCGCCUCCACAAAAGGUCUCCACCGCCGCCUCUGCUAUUUGCCUGUGCUUUUCCCCACUACAUGCCCAUUGCAUGAUGUAAUGCUGUCCAACUCAGUUAGAAAAAGCGGCGGUGAAGCUGCGUGAGUCUGUGUCUUCUUUCCACCUGACCAACAAACUUUAUCACACCCCUUUUUCUUUGCCUUAUCCCAACUUUUUCCUACUCUUCCUGUGUCAUUCCCUUCUAACUCCCCUCUCCUCUCCUCUCAAUUACCCCCGAAAACUACUCCCUACACACACAAUGGCCCCCCUCAAGCUCAGCAACCAGAACCUCUCACAGAUCGCCUCCGCCGCCGGCGCGCACCAGGUCCAAGUACCGACCUACCAGCGCGGGGAUGCCGUGAAGGAGGGCAUCGUCCACGUCGGGGUGGGCGGCUUCCACCGCGCCCACCUGGCCGUGUACGUCGACCAGCUGAUGCAGAAGCACGGGGAGAAGAACUACGCCAUCUGCGGCGUGGGACUGCAGCCGUUUGACGCGGCGAUGCGCGAUGCCCUGGGGGCGCAGGACCACCUGUACACGGUGAUCGAGCGGUCGGCCAAGGGGAGCUUCGCGCACGUCGUGGGGGCGAUCAACUCGUACCUGUUCGCACCCGACGACCGCGAGGCGGUGAUCGCCAAGAUGGCGCACGCCGACACACAUAUCGUCUCGUUGACCAUCACCGAGAGCGGCUACUACUACAACGAGAACACCCACGAGCUGCAGAGCGAGCACCCGGACAUCCUGUACGACCUCGACCCCGCCCACGAGACCGCCCCGCGCACCACCUUCGGCUUCCUGUACGCCGCGCUGGCCCGCCGCCACCAGCAGGGCCUCCGGCCGUUUACGGUGAUGUCGUGCGACAACAUGCAGAAGAACGGCUCCAUCACGCGCCACAUGCUGGAGUCGUUCGCACGGCUCAAGAACCCCACGAUCGCCGAGUGGAUCGCCACGCAGGGCGCCUUCCCCAACGCCAUGGUCGACCGCAUCACCCCGCAGACCUCCGCCGCCGACAAGACCGCCCUCUCCGACAAGUUCGGCAUCGAGGACAGCUGGCCCGUCGUCACCGAGCCGUUCAUGCAGUGGGUCAUCGAGGACCAGUUCGCCGACGGCCGCCCGCCCUUCGAGAAGGUGGGCGUGCAGGUCGUCAAGAACGUCCACGACGUCGAGCAGUUCGAGAAGCACAAGCUGCGCCUGCUGAACGGCAGCCACUCGGCCCUGGGGUAUCCGGGCCAGCUGGCGGGCUUCAAGUACGUGCACGAGGUGAUGGAGAACCCGACCUUCAACAAGUUCGUCUGGCAGAUGAUGCAGGACGAGGUCAAGCCCUUGCUCCCAGAGAUCCCGGGCGUCGACAUCGACGAGUACUGCAAGACCCUCAUGGGCCGCUUCGAGAACCCCACCAUCAUGGACCAGCUGCCGCGCAUCUGCCUCAACGCCUCCGGCAAGAUCCCGCAGUUCAUCAUGCCCUCCAUCGCCGAGGCCAUCUGGGUCAAGGCCCCCUUUAGGAAGCUGUGCUUCGUCGCCGCCGCCUGGUUCCGCUACGUCAACGGCGUCGACGACGCCGGCAACCAGUUCGCGGUCGACGAUCCCAUGCGCGACGAGCUGCAGGCCAAGGCCCGCGCCGGCGGUACCAAGCCCCACGAGCUGCUCAGCAUCAAGACCCUCUUCGGCGACGAUCUGCGCAGCGACGAGCGUUUCUUGGCCCAGAUCACCCAGGCCAUGGAGGAGAUCGACCGCGACGGCAUCCUCAAGACCUUGCCGAAGUAUGUGGACUAGAUCGGGGCUACCCACAUCCCCCUUUGACCUGGAUACGUUGGUACUCUAGCUACGAUGGGGAAAAAAAUGAUUUAAGGGGCAUAAACUGCGUGUUGUGCACAUCUUUAAUUUGGUUAUUUGCAAGCGCUUGGGUUUUUAUAUAUAGUUUCUCGUGUCGAUACGGUUUCUGCCUUUUGGCUU